GGACGGGACGGGCCGGGAAGCGGCGGGGGGGGACGGCCCCGGAGGGGGGUGACACGACGGGGCGGGGGGCGGUGCCGCCCGCUCCGCGCCGCCUCCGCGGGGACAAUAGCGCGGGGCCAUGUCGUCCGCCGGCGGCCGCCAGCCCAGCCAGAGCCGGGCCAUCCCCACCCGCACGGUGGCCCUCAGCGACGCGGCCCAGCUCCCCCCGGACUACUGCACCACCCCCGGCGGCACCCUCUUCUCCACCACCCCGGGAGGCACCCGCAUCAUCUACGACCGCAAGUUCCUGCUGGACCGCCGCAACUCCCCCAUGGCCCAGACCCCGCCUUGUCACCUCCCCGAUAUUCCCGGCGUCACCAGCCCCGGCUCGGCCGGCGGCGGCGAGGAGCCCAAAGCGGAUGCCAACAGCCUGAACCACCAGGAGGGGAAGCCAUCCAUGGGGGACGACGCUCAGUUCGAGAUGGAUAUCUGAGCGGGUACCACGGAGCGGCAGCAACUCCCCAGACCUGCGCACACCCCAUUUGGCUUAGCAGGAUCCGUCUCGGCGAGGGGGAGGUGGCAGCGGUCCCCGCCGGCGUUCCCCCCCACCCCCCGCUUGCCUUUACCCCCCUUCCUCCUUUCCAGGGAGCGCGGCUCUGGCUUCUCCCCCUUUGUGGGUGACCGGUCCCAGCAGGCGCUGCAUGGAGCAUCCCUUCCGGAUCCCUUCCUCUGCCCGCCAUCAGCCUGAUCUCCUCCAGGCUGCUUUUUAAACCAUCCCUUUGCCUCUUCUGCUGCCUCGCCCCCUCCUAAAAAUACCCCAAACCCCUCUCGUUUCCCCAAACCUCCCAUUGCCAGUUCGGAGCUGCGUCACCCCCGUCCUUUGCCCCUUCUCCCAGAAAAUUUGGGCAGCCUCUCGGGAGGAGGGGGAAAGCGUCCCUCCUAAAACUGGGCACCGGCUUGCACCCCGGGGAGGGGUUUUUUUCCUUUUUUCGGUUCCCUCGGGACCUGUUGGCAUUCAGUGGGGGACAACGUUCCCUUUGGUGCUCCAGGUGUGUGCAUCCCUCUCCUACCCAGACUUCUUCCAUCUCGGCCCUUUGACUGGGGGCCGCGUCCUCGAAGCGACGCAGCAUAGGUUACAAAAAAAAAAAACAACCCCUGCUUUUACUUUUUUUGGUACUGAAAAGGGGCACUUUACCGGCAACACUUCUUUUUCCGGGCUGGGAACGAGCGCCUCCGGGAAAGUGCUUUCCAGUGCUUUUAUUUUUUUAAUAUCCUCUCACCUUUAAAAUGUGAAUAAUACAGGAGCGAAACCCCUCGGCGCCGUUGGAUGUCCUGGGGUGCCGCGGGGAGGGGGAUGCGGGGUGGGAUGCCGCAGAGAUGCGGUGCUGUGGCCGGCAGCAUCCCGGUGGCAUCCCAACAGCAUCCCAGCUGCGCUCCGGUUGCUGGGUGCCGGCAUCGGUGCUGUCCUCCCCUGGAAUUUCAUGCUGGGUCUUCCCCUGGACGAGUCGUGCUGCCAUAAAGAGUUUCCGUGGUAAAACCGGCGGUGGCUUUGCGGCUUGGCACGUGGUGACCAUCCUGCCCAUGCCCAGCAUCUCGAAACCCGUUCCCCCCCCCCCCCCCCAACCCCCCUGGAGAUGGGAUUUAUUUUUUCCCCUCUCCCGGUGCAGCUCUCGCCUCGUAGAGCAGUGUUUUCGGUGAGCGGGUCUGUGGCAGGGGGGGACAUGCCACGGCAGUGCUGUGUUUUACCCCUGCCCUCUCCCCGAGCCCGCCAGCCCCCCUAUUUGUUUUUUGUUUUUCUUUUUUGUUUUUUUAAUUGCCUGCCCUUAACUGGGAGCCGUUCGGCAGCUUUGUGACCUUCUCAAGUGCCAUUUUAUCAGCCCCCACCUGAGUGCCUGCUCCAGCCGUCCGUCUGUCUGUCCAUCCAUCCAUCCAUCCAUCUGUCCUCCCCCCCUUGCCGGGGUCCCCCCCCCAUCCCGGUACCCAUCUCGGGGGACCUGUUGCCUGCCGGGGCGGUGGCAUGGGGACAUAUCUGCGCCGCAGGCUUUCUGCACUUUCCAUCGGGUAAUUUAUUUCUCUAGGUGUGUUUGAUGCGGCGGCUGGUUGCGAGCUCCCGUCUUCCAGUCGCUUUUCUGGCUGGGGAGGGGGUCUGGUGCUCGUUUUGGGGGGGGAAAAGCAAAAAAAAAAAAAAAAACCCCAAAAAACCCCCCAAGGGAAUGGGAUGCCUCUCCCAUCCUUUCCCUUGGAUGGUGGGAUGCAACGUGAACUCGCAGCCGGCCGUCGCAGGCGCACGAGUGAGUGAGUGCGAGUAGAAAUAUGUAGAUGCGUGCGGGUGGGUGGUGGUAAGACACACACAAAGAUAUAUAUAUUAUAUAUAAAUAGAUAUAUUUUCCUUAAAGGAGGGUCUGUUAGGUCCUUGGGUGGAGGGGGCGGAGGGCAAGGGCAUCCUUUGUGGAGCAGGGAGGUGGCCACCGCGGAUGCAGCCACUCGUUCGCGGAAACCUGCUCUCCAAGCAAAAAAAAAAAAAAAAUAUAUAUAAAAAACGCCCCCAUAUCCGAGGACAACUCAACUUAGGGACAGGAGCCGGAGGGAAACCACUUUUUUUUUUUUUUUUUCUCCUAAAAGCCCCUUUUUCUCGACCUCCUUUCGUCUCCGUUCGCCAUCCCAGCAGUUUUCUCCCAGUUUUCUAGCUGGGUUGGGGGCUGAGGAGCUGG